AUGGCAUUUGCCAACUUCCAACCGACCUGUGGCCAAUUGGUACAUGCCCAUGGAGACCGCAUGUCGUCGUCUUCGUCGGCUCAGCCAGCUUAUGGGGAUUCGAAUUCCGGCACAUCAGCUUACCCAAACAGAACCUCGGGCGCGCACCGUUUGAUGCUCGAUUUGUUGAGGGAAAAAUUCUCCUCUCUUGCCUUGGAUGCACAGUCUGCUUUUUCACCAGACACUCCGAGUUUGAGUCCAUAUGAAGAGACGAAAAUUGCCAGUCUUCAGGGGCCGGCUGGGACCUGGCCGUCCAAUUUUCACGCCAGAAUGAAUGCCAACAAUCGGUUCACUUUGUCCAGUCUUUGGUCACCCAAACGGGGUAAGUUAUCGUCCAUUUAG